CUUCGUUGAAUUCAAAGCUAAACCCAUCUCCCCCUCGCCGGAACUUCACCUGAAUCUCUGCAACAGCCACCGUCCGAACAGAUUAAAUAAUGUCAUGGCCAGAGCAGAAAACAGAGGAGAUAUGUAAGAUUAGAAAACGAAGGUGUUCUUCGUCGUCUUCUUCUUCUUCUUCUACUUUGGUCUUUAAAUACAGAUUCAAGAACACACCCACGUGGAAAAUGAGCACAAAAUCCCAUUCAUCCAACCGGUCGCCGUCGUGUUCUGUCGCCGGCGGCGGCAGUAAAGGGAAAGAAGCCUCUGUUUCAGUCUCUGUUUCAGUGUCAGCUCGGAAUCAUUCCCAGAAGUUGAAGAACAAUAUGGAUAUCAUUGAAGAUAAACAAGAGCUGAUGAAAACCCAGGAUUUUGUUUCCCAGAUCUCGCAUUCGUGCUUAUCAGAUCCGGAUCCGUGUUUCAAUGACUCAAAUUCAAAGAAAGUUGAAGGUGACAGAGUUCACAGAAGAAGAACAUCGGCAUCUUCUAUGAGGCUUGGAACAGGGGAGGCCAAUUUUCAUGGCAAUCACUGUUUAAUAGAGAUUGAAAAUCCAAGUAAUCAGGGAAGAACAGCUCGCCGGAAGACAAAAUUCAUGCUGAAAACACGUUUAAAGGAAGUGGGUAAUUGUCUAACAACAUCAAAAGAGCUUAUAAGAGUAUUAAACCAUGUUCUAGCUCAUGAAGACAACGAUCAACACCGUCCAUCAUCAAUUUCACCACUGAUUACAGCUUUAAAAUUAGAGAUGGAGCGAGCCAAGGCUCGUGUUGAUCAUUUGAUUAAAGAUCAAAGCUUUCAUGGCGAUGAAAUUGAGAUUGUAAUGAAGCGAUUUACAGAGGAAAAGACAGCGUGGAAGAACAGAGAGAGAGCUCGAGUUCGUAGCUCCAUUGCUUCAAUGGCGGAUGAGAUUGAGAUUGAGAAGAAGCUUAGAAGACAAGCUGAGAGAUUGAACAAAACAAUUGCUAAAGAACUCGCUGAAGCUAAAAUUUCACUUUCUAAAGCGAUGAAAGAUCUUCAAAGGGAGCGGAGAGCUAAGGAGAUAUUCGAGCAAAUAUGCGAUGAAUUAGCUAAAGGGAUUGGAGAAGACAGAGCUCAAUUCGAGGAGUUUAAGAAGGAAUCUGCUAAAGUACGAGAAGAAAUCGAACAAGAACGUGAAAUGCUUCAAUUGGCUGAUGUUUUACGAGAGGAAAGAGUUCAGAUGAAGCUGUCGGAAGCGAAAUAUCAAUUUGAAGAGAAGAACGCCGCCGUGGAACGGCUGAAAGACGAGCUGGAAGCGUUUCUGAUAACCCAAUUCCGUCAUGAAAACAGGGAAGAAGAAGAUUAUUCCGGCAAGAUCAAAGAAUUGGAAGCGUAUUUGAAGAAAAUAAAUUUUGGGUCUGUUCAAGAACACCUUGAAGGAGAUGGGAAGAUUGAAGAACAGGAAUGUUCAGAGGAGGACGACAGCGAUCUUCAUUCGAUUGAGCUGAACAUGGAUAACAACAACAAGAGUUACAGAUGGAGCUUUGUUCAUGGAGGAUCUAAAAGGAACUCAUUUGAGAAGGAUCAAAUCAAUGGAAGAAAGUCUGUUUCAGAGAAGAUUCAAUGGGGAAGCAUUUGUUUGAAUCGAAAAGCUUCGAAUGGCUCUAAAAAUGGCGAAUUUGUUGGUCGGAAGAGCCAUGAAAGUACAGAGAGAUUGGAGUGGGAGAGAUUUACAGAGGUUUUUGAAAAUGAGGGAGACAAUGGAAGUGCAGAGAAGAAGAACACUAAAUCUGGGAAGUGUCUUAGAGACAUUCUGUUUCCAGGAUUUGUGGAACCAAAUGAUGAUGUUGGGAUUGCUGGCAAUGUGGAGAUGGAUGAAGCUUCUUGAUUUGGAAACUUCUUUGUUCUUCAUGUUCAUAUUCAUAUGUAAAUAGAGUUGUAUACACCCACAAAUUCGUGCAAAUCCGAUAUAUUUUGUUAUACGAUUUCAUCUUUAAUUA